GUAUCUUGGGGCAAUUUUGAUAGUUUUUGGAGAUUUUUGAACGGGAGUUCAGCAUCAAAGGAGGGGAUUUGUUAGGGAUGAGGAUCCUGAUUUAUUUCUUCCUCUUGGUCUUCUGUGUUGGUGUCUGUUUGCUUUUGCUUGGUCUUGUAAUAUUCGAAUUCUACUUUCUUAGCUUUCACUUUUUCUUAAAUUCUCUUAUUUUAGUCAUUGGAGAUUUUUCAGAUUCUAUCUUUUCUUCAUCCAGAGGUUGCAAUUCUUUGUCUUUAAAACUUCAAACUUUAUUGUCCAAAACAACUUUUCCAAAAUGAUGCUCUACUGUUUUCUCUAUCUCCAAAUCCUCAUGCUUCCUUUCAUCCCCAACCUCCUCACCCUCCACACAACUACUCUCACCAGACCCAUACCCAACAUUAUCUUGCACACACCCUGAAGAGUUCCCAAUAGUUACCCCCAACAUCUCCCCUUCACUCUGGCUCUCCACCCCCAAUCCCCUCCUCUCUCCAGUCACCACCUCCUUCAGGCCCCUUCUGCCUCCUAGUGGCCCUCCUACACUACAAUCCUGGUCGUGGGUCAGAACUAUUUUUUGUUCAGGGUCCAUUCACUGAUUUGUUUAUAUUUAUAUAAAACUCCUUCAAGCCAACUAA